UGAUAUCUCACACGCUGACGUCCUUACUACAGGGUAGUUUGCACAACACCCCCUACAAAUGUGUGGCACUUGAGUAAACAUUAGAUCUCCUGCAGGGACACAGAUGGUAUGUUAGCGAGGAUGGGGGAAUGCCAGUGGUCCAGCAGGUAAAAACACACAAUAUAUUGUCUAUCCAUUGCUUUACACACAAAAUGGCGUUAUUGAGCGCUGGUAUCAAGAUCAGAAAAUGCAUAAUAACAGCCAGCGCAGUUACAUUCACACCCUGCUCCCUGUCACAAGUGCAUCCGAACUGUAAUUGUAAACAUAAUAUCAUCGGGGUAUCGGCGUGACUCAAGGAUCACGCCUACUCUUGUUUUCCUUGCUUACAAUGAGGUAACUUCCGAGCAAUGAAACGAAACUUAACAGCCAAACAAGUUCACUGUAGUCUUGUCUGUCAGUGGAUCGCUGCAUUUAAAGGCAGAGCUGCCGCUGAAGGGAACUGUCCAAUGUGAUAGACCCACCAGUGGAAAAAUGUUAUGUUAUGAUGAGGAGGAGAAUCAGCCUCUGAUGCUGGCAGAAGUUUAAAGGGACAGCGGAGAGGUAAGAACAAAACAGGAAGUUUGUUUCGGUUUUAGGUUUAAAUGCCACGCAUGAUGAAGGGAAUUCGUACAAAAUGUUUUUUUUUUGAAGGUAUGUUUACAAAUUAAAACAGUGGAUGACAAUGGGAUUGCAAUUGAUAAUACACAAUUAUUCUGCUAUUGCACUGUGUGUGUGUGUGUGUGUGUGUGUUCAGGAGUUGGUGGGUAAAAUAUAUCUCUUCUACACAUUUAAAUGGACAGUUCCUUCAGCGCCAGCCGUGCCCUGCAGCAAACCACUGACAGAUAAGAUGACUUAACUUUCAUUUCUACUUGGAGGCGAUUGGCAAUUACAUGAAAUCCAAUUGUUUUGUGCUUCUGUUGUGGAAUCUGAACCGGACCGUCCACAAGCAAUUCCCUUUUCUUCUGUUUUUGCAAUGAAUCUUCUUGGUUCUUCUUGGUUUCUUGGUCCUCCAAAAUAUUCCAAAUGGAAUUUAAACUGGAGGUGGUGAAGGGAGGACUUCAAUAUUGGUCCGCGUCCAAUACCGACCUAUCAAACCUUCUUAAGAACAUGAACUGUUAAAUCCGUGGCCAAAGCCGCUGUUGUUUAGAUUUCAAGGCGUUGAUUCAGAAAAGGAAAACUCACGUUGAUGGCCCUUUAUAUUUUUUUAGGAGGAAUAACUGGUGACAUCGGGUGAAGAUUCUCCCCAUCACAAUCUACGCUGCUCACAAUAACUAUGUCAUACUUCUUUUGCAACUCAGUGGCCAACCAUUGAUUCUGCAUCAGACGAUUGAAAACCAAACAGCCGAGAUCUCUCCACAGUGAGGUACUGCCCCCUGGAAGGAGAAUGAAAAGUUUGGAAGAGCUGUUUACGAAGCUUGACUUGCAGCUAAUUUGCGUUCAAUGUUCUGAGAGAACAGACGAGCGCACCGUUGUUCUCAAGAACGUGAACCAUGAAUGCCAGCAUGUCGAACUUGUUGCGAGGAAGAAUCAGAGCAGUUGGAAACUCAUCCGGAAGCGAUCUCCUUUCAUUAAUCCAGCAAAAUAUGAAGUUUGUUGGUUCUAUAUGGAAGGUUUUGGCUGCAGGAGACAUGGAAACAACUGCACCUUUGCGUGGAGUAAAGAAGAAGCUAUGGUGUGGAAUUUUGAAAGGGACCAUAACAUUCAACGAAACAACCUGAAGAAUUUGGUGGCAGGAAGAACAAACAACAAAAAAAAACCACGAGCAAAGAAGCAGACUGUUGAGGAAGAAAUUGUUAACGAAUUUGAAGGACAAUUUCUUGAAAUAUGUGCAGUUUGUUUCGACAUGAUACCUCAUAAAAUAGUUUCUCAAAGAUCCAAUGGCUUUUGUUGCGAGCAACCACAGCAUAAAUGGAGGCCAUUGCUGGUCUAUAACUAUGUGGGCAUUAAUGGUAUGGUGAAGUACGAUGGAAUUAAACCUGUCUCAUCACGAGUCACAUUACAGUACUGCGAUAAAAUGAAGCGGGGAUGGUUAUGUGGACGGGAUUCCAGUCAUUGCAGUUUUGCCCAUAGUGAGGUUGAACUGAUGGUGUGGAAAUCAGAGACUCAACGGGGUCUGAUACGUUCCACUCUGGUUCAGGUAUCACAGAAACGGAACUGGAACGGGCAGCCGAGCGAGGCACAGGUCACAGAAAAUAAUGUUCAGUUUUACUGCAAAGUGUGUCUAGUAACCUUUUCUUCCCAGGAUGGAUUUCAGAAUCAUUGCUCUUCCAUAGAACAUUGUCAGAUGGUCUUGACAGAUACUACUGUUGACUGGAAGUAUCGAAAACCACCCCUUAAGAGAAAAUAUUUCCAGUUAUGUUCAAGGAAGGAUAUCUGUGAACUUGGUGACAACUGCGUUUAUGCCCACUCCCGUGAAGAACUUGAAGAAUGGCUAACGCGAUCAAAGGUUGGGCAAAAUCGGAAGAAAGAAGCAGAAAAGCAGGGUCUGAUUUCAUUUCGCGACAGAUUACUCGAAGAAUACAGAAACUGUGGGAAUGAAGUACUGAUUAUGUCGGAGAAAGUUGAUGGUGUUACCAUAUCGUGUGAUCGUGACUUAAGAGUACCUCAUUACAGGAAGAAAAUCAAACUGACGUGGAAAUUCAAGAUAGAAUCACAGAAAGCAUUGUUGAAUGUUGCCCUGUUGAAAAGAGAACCUGGUGCGAACUUUUCAUUGGAAGGAGAAGGUUUACAAAAAGACUGUUUUGAUGCAGACGGCAAAAAAUUCCAAUCAUCCAAAUCUUUGUAUUUUAUUGGCGUCUCGUUUCGAGCUGUAAACAUAGGGAUUUAUCAACAAUGGGUGGUUUUUGAUUUUGGUGAUCGACCUCAUCUUGUCCAGAAGAUUUGUAUUGGUGACGAGGAACUUCCCCAAAGCUCCAAUAAUCCAACCAAUGGCUUCCAAUCUGACAAUCUGGAGAGAUGGAACAGUGGCAAUAGAAGGAUAAUCCCUUGCGUGGAAAGAAAUGAACAUGAGCAUCAUGUGUUGCAGAUUUAUAAGUCCCCCGCCCUAUCACUGGAAGGUAACACCACGGAUAUGGCAAAGGUUCCAAUAAGCUGUGCAAAUUACAAGAAAAGUAUGCACAGUUUCCUGAACCAAGAGGAGCAAGCUGAGGCCAACAUUGUUUCAAGACUCAAUCUGAAGGUGGACAUUUUGAUCACUGACAUGUUGGAAGACACUGGGGAAGGAAUGAAGAUUGCGCAGUCUGGAGAGCUCUUUGGUGUGCUCCCAACACCCUCUGCGCUCACCAAUUCAAAGGAAGGCUACCUAUUUAAAAGAGCAGUCAAAACUGCACUGUUAGCACUAAAUCCCUCUUCCAACGACGCUGUUUAUGAGGCUGCCAUCAUCCAAGCAGCUACCAGCGAGAGUCGCAUUGCUCUUAACCUCUCCAUGAGAUGUCACACUGAUCUCGGCUUCUCCAAAGGAAACUCGUAUGCAGUGGAGAUCCAGUUUCAGUUGGACCGCCUUGCGUUCUGCUUCAGGCAUCAAGCCGUGGACAAGCUUCCAAACGAGCAGGUGAUUUUCCCGAACUUUGCCAGCUGCGCCAUUCCUCAGUAUCCUGUUGCUAGUCUAGCCGGAAACCGGAAGCAAUGCGAUGCUUUGGCCUUCAUUACUGGGCAACCCUCUGGAAACAGAAGAGUGCCGCCUCUGCUAAUUUACGGCCCGUUUGGAACUGGCAAGACCUUUACCCUGGCAAAAGCAGCAAUGGAAAUAGUCAAGAAGCCAGGUUCCAGGUUGCUUCUGUGUACUGACACAAACAGUGCGGCAGACUUGUACGUCAAGGACUACUUUCAUCAAUUUGUUUCUGAGUUUCCUGACGGAAGACCGCUGCGACUGAAGUACAUCAAGCAGAACCCCAUCCAUACCGACCCGAUCACAAAACAGUACUGUUUGCUUUCCAACAAUGCAUUCACUGUGCCUGAUAGAGAUAUAUUGGAGUCAUACCGUAUUGUCAUCACCACCUGCAUGGAGGCAAAGCUGUUCUCCGAACUCAAGCUUCCCCUUGGGUUUUUCACACACAUUUUAAUCGACGAGGCCUCUCAAAUGUUGGAAUGCGACGCAAUAAUUCCGCUGGGCAUCGCCGGAGAUAAGACGCGGGUUGUCUUGGCCGGAGACCACCUGCAGGUGACACCAAGGCUCUUCUCUGUCAAAGACAGGGAGAUGCCAGACUACACGUUACUCAACCGCCUGUUCCAAUACUACAAGAGGGAAAAGCACGAGGUGGCAGGGAAAAGCCGCAUCAUCUUCAACGUAAACUACAGAUCGGUGAAAGAGAUCAUCGACUUUGUGUCGGUGCAUUUUUACGUGAGAGAGGUCGACGUCAUUAAAGCGAGUGGAAAAAUUCCACGUCACCCUGAGUUCUAUCCUCUCAUGUUCUGCCACGUCUCAGGGAAGGCCAGUUUCAACUCGUCCAACUUAUCCUGGUACAAUGAGUGUGAAGUUCUCCAAGUUGUAGAAAAGGUAGAUUCGGUCGUGAAGGGAUGGCCCGUUGAAUGGGGAACACUGGAACUAAAGGAAAUCUGUGUUGUAUCAGCUGAAACAUAUCAGAUUCAGUGCUUGAGGCAGAAACUCAGGUCAUCUCGACUCGCGUCAGUGACUGUAGAGAAUGUCUUCAAUAUUCAAGGAAAGCAGUUCAGAGUGAUGAUCAUCUCGACCGUGCAUACUUGUGAAAGCAGCAACUCUGCAAAGGGUGCUGGCUUAGAAUUCUUCAGUCAACUUGGCGUUUUGAACACGGCCAUGACGCGGGCCCAAUCUCUCGUGAUAGUCGUGGGCGACGCAGUGGCUCUUUGCUCCGUUGGGAAUUGCAGCAAAAUCUGGAAGAGGUACAUUCAGGAGUCUAUCGAUAACAAAGGCAUUUACCCGGAAGAGCUAUCAAUGGAGCAGAUUACACAAAACAUUGUUGACAUUGAGUGCUCGACGGCCAACGAUGAAGAUAACAGUGACAAUGAUUCGGAGAAAGAAAUUGAUCUAAUACUGCAAGAACUUCUUGACGAGAGCAAGAAUAUGGCAUUAAUCGUUACAGAUGAAGGCCUGAUGCAUAUUGCCAAACCUGGGGACAAAAUACAAGGGAAUGUGAGUUAUAGUGCAUAUGUUCCAUCCUUUCAUAAAAAGUUCCCUGUGCGAUAUGAAGACCAUCCUGUAGAGACCCUGGAAGCAUGGUUGUUAAACGAGCCUACAAAAUAUAAGCGAUGUGAAAUAGUUAUGGAAACAUUUCACAAAGGCUACGCCAUUGCUCUGGAUGAUCUUCAGCUUCCUCACAUUCAAAUAGAAGGUCGGGCGAACUUUGGAAAAUCAUUCCCCGGUGAUCAGUGUUUGGUUGAAAUUCUACCCCAGAGCUCAGAGCAAGCUGACAACUCUAAUGUCAAUGGAAAAGUGGUUGGAGUUUUGAGACCAGGUGACCUACCGAGAAUCUUUGUCUGCAGAAUCGAUGAAUAUGAUCCUCAAGUCAUGAUUCCUAUCAACAAAUGUGUAACAAAAAUCUACACACCAUGGCUUGAGAAGGCUAAGAACACCAUCAAUAUUCGCAAACGCAAGAAAGGUAAAUAUGUGACAAAUAACACUUUAAUCCUUACUGAAAAAAUAAGAAAAGAUUUCUUCCUCGUUGAAAUACUAUGUUGGCGGGAAAACUUUCACUAUCCAUUGGGAAUUGUAACUAAGCAACUCCCUGCAGCACUGACAAUGGAUCAUGGAAUGGAAAUACUGAACUUGGAGUAUCACGUUCAUGAGAGCUACCCAGAAGAAGUGAACCAAGAGCUGGAGGCCCACUGCCGAGAACCGGGAAAGGAUCCUGGUAAAGAGCGGACGGACUGCCGGGAGUACUUAACAUUUACAGUGGAUCCGAAAGAUUCCAGGGAUCUUGACGAUGCUAUUAGUGUGAGAGACUUGGGUGAAUGCUACGAGAUAGGUAUUCACAUCGCCGACGUCUCUGCGUUUGUGCCAAGUGGGAGUUCUUUGGAUGAAGAGGCCCAGAGGCGUGGAGUGACGUAUUAUUCGCCUACACGUGAUCCAAUUCACAUGCUGCCUCCGAAGCUGAGCCAAGAGCUCUGCACCCUUCUCCCAGGAGAGGAUCGCAAGGUCAUUUCUUUAUUUGUUGAGGUACAAAAAGGUACAGAUCGAAUUGUGAAGAGAAACUUUUCACUUUCUCGUGCCCGAUCAGACAAGAAACUCACCUAUGAAGAAGCGGAGGAGUACAUCAAGGAUUUUAGUGGAAGUGAAUUGAGAUUUGAUACUUUGGAAGAUUCAGUUGCCGUGGCCUUUCACUUUUCCAGAGUUCACAGAAAGUACAGACUGCAAGAUGGUUAUUAUUAUGAGAAGCCUGAUGACCAUAGACAUCUAGGGAAUAGGCGGUCCCAUCAAAUGAUCGAAGAACUCAUGAUAAUGAUGAAUAGCUUUGUGGCCGAAUUCCUGAUCAACGGGCCGCAAACAAUGAACGUGAUACCAUUAAGAUGUCAGGGCCCCCCUGCUCCUCAUAAGGUUGCCACUCUAAAGCAAAAGUAUAAAAACCUGCUCAACCUUUCCAUUCAUCUCUCGCAUCAUCUGGAGGUCCGACCAAAUUUCCAACCUCCGUCCUGUCAGGAAUUCCAGGUCUUGUCUUCCGUAUGGAACGGUCUGGUGAAAGCGGCAGAGGACAAUGACAUCAACAGGUUGAUAGACUUCAUUGGAACGGAUGACGUCCACCCAAAUCUUGCACCAGUCUCCCUGGAGCUGAGGAGAAUCAUGCUCAAAUCCUUCGUCAUGCGUUCCAACUCAACAUUACUUUCAAAGCAAGGGCAUUAUUCCCUCCACCUUGAAUCUUACACGUGGGCCACGUCACCGAUUCGACGAUAUCCAGACAUUGUUAUCCAACGUCUCCUUACUCAACUUUUGUGCCAAGGAGAAAUUCCAUACAGCCCACAGGAAAUUGACAAAUUAUGCAUCGAUUUCAACAGGAAAAAAAGGAGGGCUUCCGAUUAUGAAAAAAGCGCUCAAACUAUUCACUUGGCAACGCAACUUCAGAAUCAAGUCGUGCAGAAGAUGGCAUUUACCUUUAAUGUUGUUCCAUUGUCCAGGCACUUUGGUGUCUUAUUCCCAAUGAGCUCUGAUGCUCUGCAAGUGAUCCAAAGCAUCAACUACAGAACACUUCAGCUGGUGGCCCAACCUACAUACAACGAGGAAACUAAAGUAAUGAUAUUAAAAUGGAGGAAAAGAGUUUACAGUCUAGACGCAUCGAGAAAUGAUUUUCUUCCACCUGGGCCGUUCUGUAACCCAUACAUCAAUACGAUUAACAGUAAUACUUGGCAGGAAUUUGUGAAGGCGAUCAGAUUGGAUGAAUAUUCCAAGGCAUCAAUCCUUGUCUUGGAGGAGAGCCAAUGUACCAAAUCUACUGUGGCGCAAGCAAAUUUUGGCAAGAUCGAAGCCAGCAAGGGCAGUCCUUCACAUCACGCAACCAUUUCUCUGAACGUGAAAAAUGGGAAUGCUUUGCAGUUGCAACUGACUAAAGGAGAAAAGAAUGGUUUCUUGGUGCCAGCCGUGCAGUUGUUUAAUGUAACUCCCAUGUUUGAGAUUUGCGUGGAACAUGCAGAAAAUCCUGUGACCUGCUUUUCGGAGUAUGCUUCAAAGUCGCCCCAAAGCACGUACGCGAACAUAGAGGACUAUCAAGCGAUCUGGUUACCUUUGUGUGCGAUGGAAUCUGUGACCAGCGCUGUGGCUGAAAAUGAAGUCAUCAUCAUUUAUGGUGUUAAGAUAACUUGGGCAAAGAAAUGUCAAACUCUGCUUGGCACUUUCUCUAUUCCCAAAGAAUUUUGUGAGAAGUGGCAGAUUAAAAGUGCCCUGUCUAAGUGUUACUUGUGCAUCCGGUGCAGAGACUUGAAACAAAAUGUGGACAAAUAUCUGACCAAAAAUGAAGGGACCCUUCACCAAAGUUUGAAGGGACUGACCAAUUCAGAAAAUUCCCCGGAAGUAAACAUUGACCCAAACCGCUACAUUUGGGUGGCACAUGCAGUGGUGGAAGAAUUUUCUAAUGAUGGUCAAAAAUCUGACAGGGAAGCUGACAUUAAGACAAACUUUACCGUGCACCAAAUGCCCAUGGAUACCAUCCCAAAGGAAAUAUAUGAAAAGGAUACAACUUUCGUUGUGGAAGUAAUUCCAAAACAACUUCCUGAAAUACGCAAGGAGCAAGCCAUUAAGAACCUCCCUCAUGCAUCGCCACUUGCUCAGGAUAUCGCACUAGGUCGUCGGACAAAUUCUACAAGCAUGAUGAGAAGACGGCAGCACAGCUACAACAUUCCUAAUCUGCCAAAUCUCAACCCAAGCCAAGUCACUGCGAUCCGUUCUGCUCUCCAGAAUGCAUUUACACUUAUUCAAGGCCCACCAGGAACAGGGAAAACUAUGGUCGGGGUUCAUAUCGUGUAUUGGUUCCAUCGAAUGAACCAAAUGAACAGUGGAUGUACUCUGCUAACUGGAACAGAAGGCCAAAAGGGAAAGUGUAUACUUUACUGUGGACCUUCCAACAAAUCUGUCAAUGUUGUUGCUGAAUACCUCCUGAAACUCAGAGCAGAGGUGAGACCACUCCGUGUGUACAGCGAGCAAGUAGAGAUGGUGGAUUUUCCGUAUCCUGGCAGCAACCUGCAGGUCUCCAAGCAAUCCGUUAGAGAAACAAAACCAAAACCUGAACUUCGACCAAUAACCCUACAUUACAGAAUCCGAGAGUCAACAAACCCUUAUGGGAAUGAAAUAAGAACUUUCGAUGCCAAGUUUAGAAACGGAACAGAAGUGACAGAAGAUGAACUGAAACACUACAAGAAACUGCUUGACGCAGCACGCAAAUAUGAACUUCAAAAUCACGACGUCAUCCUUUGCACGUGCGCCACUUCUUCAAGCUACGGUCUACGGAAAAUAAGAAUGCGUCAGAUCUUGGUCGAUGAGAGCGCCAUGUGCACAGAACCAGAACUGUUAAUCCCGAUAGUUGCACACAAGUAUGCAGACCAGAUUGUUCUUCUGGGAGACCACAUGCAACUACGGCCCAUCAUAAGCAACGAGUUCUGUAGACGGCUCGGCAUGGAGAAAUCAUUAUUUGAACGUUAUAAGCACCAAUUUAAUGCAGGAUUGCUUCUUGAUGUUCAAUACCGGAUGCACGUGGAAAUCUGCCAGUUUCCUUCCGAGCAGUUUUAUGAAGGGAGAUUAAAAACUGAUGACAAUACUUCACGUCGCCCAAGAAGUGUCCUCUGUCACCCUGGAAAGAACUCUUGCCCGAUAAUCUUUGGACACGUGGAGGGAAAUGAAAUUAGUUUGAUGGUUUCAACAGAAGAGGGAAAUGAGAAUUCCAAAGCAAACAAAACAGAGGCGGAAAGAACUGUGAGCAUUGUGAGGCAGUUAAUGAAUCACAAAAUCAAUCCAAAGGAUAUUGCAGUUUUGACGCCCUACAAUGCCCAGGUGCUGGAGAUAAACAAACUGCUCAAGGCCAAAGGAAUCACAGAGGUCACUGUUUGCACCAUCGUAAAAAGCCAAGGAAGCGAAUGGCGUUAUGUUAUCUUCUCUGUUGUUCGUUCUCUUCCAAUGAAAGACAUUGAACCACAACCUUCAAAAUCCUGGCUGAAGAAAUACCUGGGUUUUACCAUUGACCCAAACCAAGUGAAUGUUGCACUAACAAGAGCCAAGGAAGGCCUCUGUAUCUUUGGAAAUGAGCAUUUACUGAGCACCAGUCUUCUCUGGAAAGGGCUGCUGGCACAUUAUCGGAGGAAGAACAGUUUGGUGAAGGCAGAAGACAUUGAUGUGAAGAGGUAGGGGAGACUGACAAAAACCUCCGGGAACGGCACGGAAACCUUGGGUGGGGCGCAAAGUCUCCAGAGGUUUCCGUUCUGGUUUCCUGUGGGACAGGGGCAUUAAGGUCACAAAUGACAGAUACCCAUCUAGAAAAUCUGUUGAAACUGCGUACCUCCAUGUUGCAACCAAAUAUUCAAAUGCUUUCUCACAAAAAGCAGUCACAACAAAGUCAUUAAAAGGUUAAUUAACUUUAGAAUUAACAAUUUAUUUUCAUUUCUUGUAGUACAUAGUAAUUAGAUUUUUACAAAGUAAUGUACAUUUUGAAGUAUAUCCACGUUUCGUGGAUGCGGCCUUGUUAGAAUACAUCUAACUUAAUGCGGCAGUCCAACAUGAAAAAGUUCCCCACCCCUGGUCUACCUUCUCUGCCUUAACAAUAUCCAUUGACUUGGCCUCCAGAUUCACAGAUCCUUCACCCUUUGACUAAAGACAUUCCUCCUCAUCUCCUUCCUAAAGGAACAUGAAUGUGUUUAUUGCAGACUUACAACAUUUUAUAAUUCAAAUGCAAAUUUAUAAACAAAACAUAAUUUAGAUGUAAAAAGUAAAUUGUAUAUUGUGAAACAAUUUUUAAAAUUCAGAAGCAUAUUCAGCACAUUUUGCUUUGAUUUUAAUGUGAUCUCCAAUGUUUGAACAGAAUGACAAUGUUCCUAGAUUUUUUUUUUAAUGUGUUCACACUUAUAUGUGCAAAUAAAAUGUGUGAUGAUUAGAAAUUAAGUAUAUUUUAACUAGGUCUGGUUAAUAACAUUUUUCUUUUUAAUCUUUUAAAGAAUGUAAUUUCUACUUAAGGAUGUAAGAUUAUAUUUUUCAAAUGAAAUUGAUCAUCUUUCCUUACACAUUUUACUUUCAUUGUAUCAUGUGCAUUUUCGGUUCGUUAGUAACAUUCCAAUUUGACACGAUAUGGUUUAUGACUAUCAUUAGAAGUGUAAUAAUUAGUACUGGUUUAAAAUAAAACCACAUGAUCACGUUCUGAGAUGUGGGAUACGAGACAGUGGAUGUGCUGAUUGAGUACCUAAUGGUGUAAGAAUUUUCUUCUGUAAAUCCCGAUCUGGUGAUAUAAUAUUACAAUAAUGACCUUAGACUACAAGAGAUGUUCAAACAACAAAGUGGCCCUUGGAAAUGUUCAAAAUCGUCAGUAGGUUUGACAGCAUAUAUGUUGACAUUCAUCAAAGCUACAAAAUAACAUUAGCUUUGAUAAUAAUAAUAAUAAUAAUAUUUUAUUGUCAUUGCACAGAGGUACAACAAGAUUUGGUAUGCAGCUUCCAUCCGAUGUAAUAAUUUAAUUAGAUCUUAAUCUUAAUCAGAUCUUAUGAACAUUAACCCUAAAUUAGUUGUCAUUUAAGUUAACAGAAUUGGCACCUGUUCCGCUAGGUUUUUUCCAGUAUUUUUUGCUUCCACUCCAAAUUUCCAUUAAUGUUGCACUUUAAUUUUCAUUAUGUAGCUAUAGAAAUAAUUAUUAAUCUGUAAAAACUACUGACAAAUGUCUAGUUCAUCCGUUCAUCCGACCUUUUCUCCAUUCCAAGCCAUUCCUUUUGCCCAGAGAAAUGUCAGAAAUUUGUAACUAUUCACGAUUUAAUGCAUUUGUCUAUACAUGUAAAUAGUGAUCAUUUUUCUUUCCCUAUUAAUUGACAUCUGAGACCUCAUCUUACAUUUGAAAAAGGCUAGAUGGAUAAUUCUUUGGACAAAAUCAUGAAUUCUUAAAGCUUUCCGUUGAACUAACAUGUAUAAUGAAACAUUCUCUAUAAACAUGUAUAAUCAAACAUUGUCAGUAAUGGAUAACACACACUCUCCAUCUAAAUGUACUCAACAUAAUACAAUAUUAACACAACUUUCAACUCAACACACAUUCAAGGGCAGCACAGUGGUAGAGCUGCUGCUUUACAGAUCAGGUUUGAUCCUGACCUCGGGUGCUCCAUGUGUGGAGUUUGCAUGUUCCCCCUGUGACUGUGUGGGUGACUUCUCCACGCUAGAGACAAUUUACAGAGGGUGAAUUAACCUACGAACCCACAUGUCAUUGGCAUGUGUGGAGGAAACCAGAGCACACAGUGGAAGCCAUGUGGUCACAGGGAGAACGUGCAAACUCCACGAAGACAGAACCCACAGUCCGGUUCGAACCCGGGUCCCUGAUGCCAAGAAGCAGCAGCUCUACCUGUGCGCCACAGUGCCGCCCUUGUUAACCCAUUUGAUUUAAGUUUAAAAUGUUAACCUAUUUAAUUUAAAUUUAAAUGUUUAGUCAAAUGCAAUAAUUUUGUGACUUUGCAUUUUUUAAUCACAAUUACAGUUAACAGCCUACCUUUAGUUGUGAAUUAUUCACAACCUCCUGACUUUGUAGUCCAUUGAACGAGCUGAACAUUAGAAUGAAGGAAUCAGAAAAAAAAAACGCUUUGGUUAUUCCAUAAGCCAAGUCUUGUUUUAGGACCAAAGUUUAUCAUUAUUCUUUCAUACCACAAACACAAAUACACAAUCAACAUUUGGUUCUAACCUCUUUGUUACGAUAAUUGAUACAGUGAUCAUGUCCUAGCUAGAGGUGUGAACGUGAAGGCAGUCUAAAUUCAAAUCAUUCUCUACAUUUUUAAAACUCAGAUCAUCCGUGUCUGUUCUAGAUUUCUCCCGAAUGCCUCUCCGUAAUUGACUAAGCACUUUAAAAACAUGAUACAAUAAAAGGAUCCCAGACUUGCCUUUGCUUUGCUUUGGAGAUUUUACUGAGUGUUGGCUUGUUCUGUUCCAAACUAUACUGCGCACUGAGCAAAAAGAGUUUAUUUUUAAAUGCAAAUAUAAUCUAUUGAGAUUUAAAACAAAAGGGUUAAGUGCAUUAUGGUUAUCUGAGACCAAAAUAUAUUGUAUGUUAAGUUUUAUGUUUCUUUAGUAAUGUUUUAAAAGUGCCUAUUGAGUGAAAAAAUAUAUUGUCUAUCCAACCUAUAUUUUAUGAAUUGUUGUAAUUUGAAGGUGUUUUUAUUUUGUUAUUCAUAAUUUGUUAAAAUAAAUUGUGAUAUAAAUGUAUGCUUUGUAUGUAAAGAAAUAUUGUUUAAACAUUGCUGCAAUAUCCAAUCCUGCAAGAAUAUCAUUUUAAGUCUUAGUAAAUAUUUUGCAGAUUUUCAUAUUAUAAUUUCAAUGUAAUUCUUUGUUAUUGUAUUCCUCUAUAUUUUACUUAAAAUGUAAUAAUAAUAGAAACAAUGUUUUAUUCAAAGCA